GACCGUGCCUAGUCCUCACUUAAAGCUCUCAGCUAAAGCAGAACCGUUCGUCCCAGCAUCGCCGCCGCACCAGCAGGGAUAAAGAAACCCCAGUGUCUUAACCUGUUUCGACGCUAGUUGGUUGCCGAAUUUGUGACCUAACACACGUAUUACUACUUCAGUCUCUUUCACGUUUCUUUCAAAGUCCCGUUCAACCGAACCUUUAGCACUUCAAGAUGCCUUUCGUCCCAGUCGAUAUCGCCAAGUGCCCCAAGUGCUCCAAGUCCGUGUACGCCGCUGAAGAGCGUGUAGCCGGUGGUAUGAAAUGGCACAAGCAGUGCUUCAAAUGCGGCCUGUGCAACAAGAUGUUGGACUCGACCAACGCCAACACUCACGAGAACGAGCUCUUCUGUAAGGUUUGUCACGCACGCAAGUACGGACCUAAGGGAUACGGAUUCGGUGGUGGUGCCGGAGCUUUGAGCAUGGACGUCGGCGAACAUCUGGGCAACACUCAGUCCGUCUCCAAUCGUCCGGUCCCGAUUGCCGAGAAGCCCGUGCCCCAAGCUCCGGCCGGAGAAGGAUGUCCUCGCUGCGGAGGCCACGUCUACGAAGCUGAAAGGAUGUUGGCCGGAGGACGAUCAUGGCAUAAGAAGUGCUACAAGUGCAAGGAUUGUCGCAAGCAUUUGGAUUCGACCAAUUGCUGCGAAGCUCCCGACAAAGAGAUUUACUGUAAACUGUGCUACGGCAAGAAGUUUGGACCGUCCGGCUACGGUUUCGGUCAAGGUGCCGGUAUCUUGCAGAGCGACGCUCUGACAGUUUCGAGCAAUGCGGAAAAGAUGAGACCAAGUCGGCCGGAUCUUGGAGUCAUCAAGGCAACCGAAGGGCAGGACGGAUGUCCUCGUUGCGGCGGUGCCGUGUUUGCUGCCGAGCAAAUGUUGGCUCGUGGAACGGUGUGGCACAAGACGUGCUUCAACUGCAAAGAAUGUAAGCGUGUGCUGGACUCGGUGCUGGCCUGCGACGGGCCCGAUCGCGAUGUCUAUUGCAAGCUCUGCUACGCCAAGAAAUUCGGCCCCAAAGGUUAUGGAUUCGGCGCAGGUGGCGCUUUCCUAAUGGCCGAUUCCAUUCCAAAUGGAAUGGAAAUGGCAUUCAAGUCGAUUGAUACCAAGACCAUCAAAGCUCCCGAAGGUGAGGGAUGCCCUCGCUGCGGUGGGUGCGUCUUUGCGGCUGAAAUGAUGCUUUCCAAGGGACAGGAAUGGCAUAAGCUGUGCUUUAAUUGUGCUGAUUGCCAUCGGCCACUGGACUCGGUGCUGGCCUGCGAUGGCCCCGACAAGGAUAUCUACUGCAAGGCCUGCUACGGUAAGCGAUUCGGACCGAAAGGCUUCGGCUACGGUCACUCACCAACUUUGGUAUGCACUUCGGGAACUGCUGACGUGCCCGUCGAGGCCAAGCAAGGCAUCAAGGCUCCCGAAGGCGAAGGCUGCCCUCGUUGCGGCUUCUUCGUCUAUGCUGCUGAGCAGAUGAUUAGCAAGACCCGAAUCUGGCACAAACGUUGUUUUAAUUGCGGUGAUUGCCACCAUUCGUUGGAUUCGACCAACCUGAACGACGGUCCCGACAAUGAAAUUUAUUGCGCCGGAUGCUACCGCAGGAAAUUCGGACCCCAUGGUGUCGGUUACGGAAUGGGCGGUGGAGCUCUGCAAACUUUUUAAGAAUUUAAAACGAAUUCAUUCGACGAUUGUUGAUGGUGGUAUACGACGAAACGCGCGCUGUCCGCUGCUUCAGACCCCAACAAAAAACAAACAAAACAAACAAAAAAAAUAGAAAAAUAUUAAUCAACGCUUUUUUUUUUUAUAGAUGGAAUGGGAAAUCUUUUCUAUAAUUAAAACGAAAAAAAAAAAAGAGAAGGAAGGGAAAUUUUCAAGCUUUUGAUAUACGUGUCCGAUAAAGUCUUAAUUUACCCACCAAAAUAAUCCACAUUACAAAAAGACUUGUUCAAGUAUUAUUCUUUUUGAUAGUUGUUUCUUCUUCCGCUCCAGUUUGUUCUCCUCUAAAAUGACUUAAAUACUAAUUGACAAUUUUUCUCUUUACAUUCGUAGUUAUCUAGUUUCUUAUUGGCAGGCAAAUUUUUGUUUGUUUUUUUAAAUUUUUUUAUUUCAAAGUGAAAAUGUUCCUCUUAUUCACGGAAUGAGUCGUUCUAGUCCUUCAUUUUAUACGUGCAUCUUAUCGAGAAGCCCUUAAAAAAAAAAGAAUGAAAUGAAAAAAAAAAGAAAUCAAAAUUCAAUGACGGAUAGAGAAAGAGAGAGAGAGAGAGAAAACGACAACAGGUGGCGCUAAGGUUCCCAUUUCUUGGACAUUUCUCUUUUUUUUUUUUUUUUUUGUUUGUUUAUUUUUGUUUAAUUUUUUCUGUUUGGCUUUUGAUAUUAUUAUUUGAUGCUGCUAUUUUCUUAUUAUUUAUAAACACAUGUUGAUUUUUUGUGUCAUUUGAAGGAGAGCGCGCAUGUGUAUGAUGACGAUGUGUCCGAGCGUGAUGAAAAGAAGGCCAUAUAUGUAUAACGAUUGUUUUUAUGAUUAAUUUUGUUUUGCAUCUUCCUUUUUUGUUUUGAAUUUAGAAUUUUUUUUAAAUCUUAUUUUCAUUGCCUUAUUAUAUACAUACUUUGCGGCUUUUGGCGACCAUUUGAAAUUGAUGUCCACCCAACAAAACAACCAUGACGAACAGACAGAUGUUUCUAAUGACUUUAUACCGUCUUUAUAUAUACAAAAAUAACACGCGCUGACAGCUGAUUAAAAAACAAAACAAAAAAAAACACAAAUUUUUUGUCUUUUUUUUUCCACUUGCCACCUGUCCCACCUUUUUAUAUUCCCUCCCUUUAGCUCCUUGAAGCAGCUUCCAGCUUCCUUCUACCGUUAAAGAAUAUCAGACUAAGACUUUUUUUUUUGUUUAUUUUUCCAUAUCGCUUGAUAUAAUGUAGGACCGUUUUCUCUUUAUUCUUUUUUUGUUGUUGAAUGUUUGACAUCGUUAAUAAUUUCAGUCCAAACUUUGAAAACCAACGCAAACACGAAACUUGAGAUUUUUUGUGUGUGGAAGGGAUGCAGGGCUUUUGUUAUCAUUUUCUUAUCUUUGCCUGCUGUUGUCUGUCGGUUCACACACACACAGAUAAGUCGAGUAAUAUCAUCUGACUGGGAGCGAACGAACACGGAGCUUACACUGCCUUGAAAUACACGAAGAAUUUCUAGCUGAUUGAUUAUACUUAAAAAAAUGAAAUAUCAUCGCGCUACGAUUAAAACACGUCCCCCACAUAAAGAAACAUUUAAAAUGUCAUCAUAUCCUUCAUUUAUUACUUCACAUUGAAAUGUAGGCCUUAAGCGAGCAAGAACCAAAAAGAAAGAAAAAGGGCAGAUGGAAAAUUGAAAUUUCGGAAUUGUUUAGCAAAACUAUCGUAUUUAAUAAUGCUAUAUACAAAUGGCCUAUUUAGAAUGUUCUUCAGAUUUUGAAUUCAACCCCCCCUCUGCUGUAUCCCAUGACGUGCCUUCAGCUGGAGAAGAGAAACGAAAACAGCGUGUUCAAGUAUGGCGCUGGCACGUCGCCAUUGUUUGUUGGCUAUGAGAUUUCAGGUAGUCCAAAUAGGAAUGCCUUUGAAAAACUUUCACCGUCUUUCGGCGAUCUGUUCACAGAGGGGGAGAUAUUUGACCCACCAAGAAAUUUGUUUGUUGAAAUAUAGGAAACUAAACCGGCCCCGCCUUAUAUGGCGUCCUGGGAAACGCGCAUCAGAAGAAAAAAAGGGAAUAAAAAACAAACUUUGUGUGCUCUAGGCUAUUUUAUAUUGUAUGUUAGUAGAACUCUAUGAUUCUUUAAAAAAAAAAAUAGUAAUAGAAUUUUGCUAUAGGCGCCGGAAUGAAAAGGCUCAGACUAUUGACACUUCCGCCGAAGGCCUACAGCUGCGCAGGGAGAGCUUCCUCUCGACUGCAUCUGGCAUUUUGAUUGGCCUUUAGGUUAUCGUUUUCUUUUUGCAAGAAACUGAUCCGCCUUAGGAGCGAGUCGGUUGAACCUGAAACAAGUAGAGCAUGUGUAAAAAGGUUAUUUGAUAUACAAAGAAAUCAAACAUUGUCUUGAUAUUGCGCUAGACACUGUCCGUCUUACAGCAAGACACUUCCUCCAAUGGAAUCGUGGCAAAAGAACGUCCAUCCAUGCAAAUUCCGUUGUAAACACGGUCCAAGAGUGGGCGAUUAUCACGAAUUAGCCACGAAAUCCUGCAGCCACAUGUAAUCCUUGAGUCUGAAAGAAUUCAACAUCAUCCCAACCCGAUUGAUGUUUUGAUUAAUUUCUUUGUUUGCUUUAAGUAGAUGUUUUCUUUUUUAAUUACUCGAGUUCAAGUAAAUGGUGAGGCCAUUCGACUGCAACGGACUAAGGAAAACAUCUUCUUGGAAUUCGUCCAUUUUAAACUCGAAAUUGAUGACGUCAUUCACAAACAUUCCUGUUGGAAAACAAGACAAUAAACUGUUAUAAUCUAUUCAAUAUACAAAUGCUGCGUUCGUUACCUUCUAGAAGAGCCACAUCGUAGACCAUGGAUGAACUGAUGGAAUAGAAUUUUGCACUUAGAGGUCGGAAUUGUGAUCUCGGAUUCGGCAGCCAAAUGGAAACGUUGGUCGCACUUGAAUUCAGCGUCAUCGACACGGUAUGCAAAUCAAUGGCGUUCGUCAAAUUAGUGACAGAAGUAAAAUUAUUGCCUUCUAAACGUAAUUCUUGGAGGAACCGCAGCUGAGGGAUGAAUUCAAUAGAAUCGUCUCCUAGACUAUUGCCGGUAAGGUCCAGGUAAGUUAAAUUAGCGAGCAAUGCUCCUGGAGCUAAGGUGAUUUGGGACAGUCCUUUUUGGCUUGCGUAAGACCACAAACUUCGAGAAUAUACUGUGAAAUUGGUCAAACUUUCAAGAGUGGGUAAGUUUCUAAUUCUAUCGACAUGGCUGUCCAUAAAGGCUAAUUUCUUCAGCUGAUUGCAAUUAGUCAAAGUAGUUGAAUCGAAAUCACGCAUGUUACAGUCUGAAAAGGUGACAUUGCCUGUUAAACCGCACACGUCCGUGCUGUCAGUGAAUGCUCUUGAGCUGAGCAUUAGCAUGUUUCCUGUAGUUGAGUGUCCGUGGCUGCAAAUAAAUUUAACUUCCGGGAUUUGAUUUCCUGCUAGGAAAUCGUCCGGUACGUAAUUGAAGUAAUCUCCGAUCCCUUGUAUUCUGAGAGACAUUAUAGGACCAUAGGGUUUGUAGAAUUCCAGCCUUUCUCGUAUGCUUUCAGGACUGUCAUAAUUAGCGUCGCAGUCGAGGAUAAUUCCAGGAUAAGAUACUUGACAAUAACACAUAGAAUAUACGCUAGGGCAGGAUGCCUUCUGUGCAUUGGUCAAUUGGGCAAAAACCAUAAACAUCGU